GUUGCGUGUUUGGCGCCAUCUAGGUAGAGGACGCGUGCUUCAGACUCCAUGUUUGGCGUACAGUAAGGAUGAAGAAAGAAACUGCAUGGCGUGAUAUGAUGGCUCACCCCGGCGGUGGCAAUGGACCAAGAGGCCGGAAUAUGCCCCAUGAUGGCGAGGAGAAAGGGAAAAUGUUUGUUGGUGGAUUGUCAUGGGAGACAACCCAAGAAUCACUGCAACGGUAUUUUGGCCAGUACGGGGAGGUCAUAGAUUGUGUUGUGAUGAAAAACAGCGAGACUGGCAGGUCCCGGGGUUUUGGCUUUGUCACCUUUGCUGAUCCCAACAAAGUAGACUCUGUCUUGAAGAGUGGACCCCAUGAGCUUGAUGGACGUACGAUUGAUCCUAAGGCUUGCAACCCACGUAGUAUGCAGAAGCAGAAGCGGAAUGGGAAUUGGCCUAAGGUAUUCCUUGGAGGUCUGCCAUCCAACCUUACUGAAACAGACCUACGCAAUUUCUUCUCACGCUUUGGAGGUGUUAUGGAAGUGGUUAUCAUGUUUGACCAGGAAAAAAAGAAAUCUAGAGGCUUUGGAUUUUUGUCCUUCGAAACGGAAGAGGCUGUGGAUAGAGCGGUGGCAGAGCACUUUGUCAACAUAAAUGGAAAGCAGAAGGUUGAAAUCAAGAAGGCAGAGCCAAGGGAUGCCAGCAAGGCUCAAGAGGAGGGUGGACAGUGGGGUGCACACCCUGAUAACCAGUGGGGGAUGCCAGUGGGACCACCUGGGAUGCCUGGCCUAAACAAUGGUAUGGGACCUGGCAAUAUGGGACCGCCAUUAGGACCUCCACUUGGCCCUCACAGUAGUCAGAUGGGGGGCCACAUGGGCACUCAAGGAAUGGUGCAAGGUCCUUAUCAGGGAUGGGGCACCCCUCCUCAACAGCAAGGAUAUCCCCCGCAGGGGUAUGGUGCCCCUCAAGGUCCUGGGGGCUAUCAAGGCUGGGGUGCAGGGCAACAGCUACAGCAGUGGGGAGCCCCCAACUAUGGCUCCCCAGGUGGUCAACAGUAUGGCAGUUUUGGGCCCAUGGAGGGUGGAACGUGGGGGUGGACGUCCCCCACCUCUCCCUCCACACCUCAGCCACACGAACGUGAUCCUUAUGGCCGAAAUGCUCCCCUAAGUGCUCUGAUGACGGGGGCUCCAGGCGCUCCAUCACCAAACUUGGCAGCAGCAGCUGGUCCUCAGCCUGGUGGUAAGGCAUCAGCUGACUACAGCUCCUGGAGUCAAUUCAAUUACAACCAGAUGGGUGGAGAGAAUUCUGCAGCAGCUGCAGCUGCAGCAUUUAAUCAUGGCCGUGGCUACAACGAUGGUGGGGCCCCAGGACCGGCACCCUCCCACCAGGGUGAACUAAGGUGACAGCUCCCAGGGGCAGCUCGGUAUGGUAGUGAGGGUGUUAUCAGGCAGGAGGGCAGAGAUCCACACACCAAUGGGCGGCCCUCGCCACUCACAUACAUCCAGCUAUAGUCAUGGAUUCUGAGGGUUCAUUGUGUAGAUGACUUGAGCCCAUGUUGGAAGAGUGCCAUAUGUUUGGAGUUAAAUGUGCCACAUAAAUAAAUUCCAGUUUAGUAGUAUGAGUGGUAAAACUUGCCAUUGAAUGACAUCAGUUCCAUUUUGGGAGUUUUCCAUUUUAACCUUUGUCAAGCCAUGUCAGUGGUGGUAUGAUCUGGGAUAAUGUGGUUCUGGUAUGAUUUUGAUGUGGACUGCUGUUGUGGUUGUAUCUCUUGAAAUCAGCCUUAUUGAAUAGUUGAUCUCUUGCUCAGAAUUACUGGUCAUGUAACUUGUCAGGAGAGUAACGAGCUUUUCUAAACUGUUAUAUAGAUUAUGAAUCAAAUAUAAUUAUCUUUGAUGUUUUGUAAAGAUGGUUUAUGGCCUACAAAUAAGAGUAGAUUCACAUUACUCUUUUAUAUAAUCAUCCUCAUGGCUUAAAAAAUUAUAGAUAUAGAAAUUAGUAAAUUGGCACCCUUCCAGUGUGGGCACAGUAUAUUGAAGCAGGUACGUAGUAGAAACAGUAUGCCUCCUUCGCGACGACAAACAGUACACAAACAUUGUGAGAGAACGACCAUCCCCUUUAUUGCCUACUAAUGACUUUCGAGCAAUGUACCAUCGUCAUCACAACUCCACCACUUUAAAAGCCCACCACAAUAAACCUCUCCACCUGGUCUAAGGUUAGAAGUAAGACAACACAGAGACCAAAGAUUAGCUCGUAUCAAGAACUGCCCUGUACAGGACCACUUUUUCUCUGCCUAUUUCCUAUUUUAAUUAUUUUUAUUUAAACUUCUUUGGGACUUGCUCUCUUGCUAAUUUGUUUUUGACAGUUUUAUGUGGACGAGCAAUAUUAACCGUAUUUUACAUGUAUGUCGCUAUUUAAUUUUUUAAGGUAGUUUUUCUAGGUAAAAAAAAAUUGUGAUUCUCACUAGUGUUAAAGACAUAGUCCAUAAUUUUAUUGUUGUUACUAUUGUAAAUUUUCUUUAAUAUCUGACUAAUAUUAAGGUGUAAUAAUAAAGUCAAAGUGUUUUAAUACCUCGUCGCAACAGAAUUACAAUAUUUUGAGUAACAUCACCAGUCUCAAGGAAAAUUAGAUUAAAUCUGAGGUUGCCAUUAAGCAAGAUUUUCCUGGGCAUGUUGAUGGUACUUGUAAAAUUGUUCUUCUGAAGGUCGUGCUGCUCCUUGGGUCCUGUACUGUACGGGCUUGAUGUGAAUUUACCCGGUUGUAAACAAGCAAGAUUAUUUGGCGCAGUGGUUUUUUAAACUGUACAAUUUUAGGUACAAUAAUUGUUAAGAAAAUUGGUUAAUGUGCUCAUUUCUUCUGUUGAGGCCGUUGUAUUUGAUACUGAAAUAUAAGCUUAGUCUACCGAUGCCUUUUGUACAGCAUUUAGGUUUUAAGUUUUAGCCUAUAUUUUGUACAUAACAAAGACUUUUUUAACAAUGAAAUACUGGAGGUUUAAGUGUAGGUAUUUUGUGUAAAUGAUUAUGAGUGUGUGCUCAGCUGGCAACUGAUGUGUACUGUUUCUGUUCACUUUUUUUCUAUUUUAUUAUUUUAAAACCUGACUCCUUGCAAUGGUUGUUUGUGAGGAAUUGCCUCCCCAUGCCUGUAUUAAGUAGCUGUGGUCAGGUGUCACAGCCAAGCCUAGCCAUCACACACCCCCCUCCCCCCCCCAGAUACUUGAUAUUUUUGUUUAAGGUAACAGAACAUUGUAUACCGUAGCGUGAAUGGCUGUUUUUUACCUGACAUGGCUGGGUUUGGCUGAGGUGCCUCAAAUGGUUAAAAAUGGCUUAAUGGCUGAUGACAUGUUAGAAUGCAAUGUGGCUGCCUUUAAUGGUAAAAAGACUGGUACAAAAGUUCAGUAGAGCAGCUGCCUAUUAUGGAAUAAUGGGUUGUUUGAUGAUAGAAAAGGUGGCAAAGUUGCAUAUUGCAGCAAUAUAAUAGCAACUUCUGCUACCAUGCAGAACAGAAAGAAGAUAGGCUAAGAUAAAGGCAUCCAAUAAAUGGUUGGGUUUAAAAGAAGGCAGUCUUCAUUAUGCUGCGGGUAUUACACUAUCAGGAAGUCAUCCACCUCAACUUCAUCUUCCUGCAGUUUGUGCUCAGAUGUUUAUACUUGUUAAGGGUGCAUGGUGGAGGCUAAUGUUUAUUUCAGGUGUGUGGUUUUUUUUUUUUUUUUUUUUUUUUUUUCUCUUCUUCUUCCUCAGGGGUUGGGGAGGUUAUUGUUGGCUUAUAUGUGAGAAAGGCCCCUCUCCCCUCCCUGCCCCCCUGUUCUUUUUUCCUAUUCUUUUCAAUUAUUAUUCUCUUCAUCUCAAGGUAGGAUUGUCAGACAAGCACACAGCCUUAAAGGCAUGAGUGCCUGCACCCUCAACAAGUGGCGGAUCUGCUUGGCAUAGGUGGUGUACUAGUCACCCCACUCCCAAACCACUUAGCUAGGCACCUCAAACAGGAAUUGUCACUCCACGAAGAAUUUGUUGAUCAUCUAGAGAUUGGUAGAUAGGAAGCUGGAGUAUGUUUUCUUUGCAUGUAAAAAUGGUGCUUUUUCGAAUUGGAUGUAUGUAUUUUCUGUUGUGGAUGAAGCUUAUUGGAAUUUCCUUCCUUUCUCAUUUAAGAAAACUUCUCUGGCUAUCUCGAAUGUAUAUCCUCAGAGCACUGAUAUCCAUUCAGUUGCAAGAAAAAAAAUUUCAAGAUUAUUUUGGAGUGAGUGUACUACAUGGGGUUGUUCAAUAUGCUAGUGAAUAGGGGAUGGGGUGUUAGUCGCCAAUGACCCGUAGUUUGGUAUGAUGACUGCCAUAUUUGGCAACAUUGGCCUGUGGAACUAUUUCUGUUGCAGCUCUUUGUGAAAUGACUGUGUGCCUACAAACACACACAUGAAUCAUGCUCAAAUCAUUAUUAUUACAUUAAGACUGAGUGAGCCAGGAAAUUUAAAUGUUUAGAUGUAUUACAUUACAGCGUUGUCGUAAUAUACAACAUCAUCAGGGAAAAUUUUGAAUUAAGUAGAUCUUCUAUACAGUGAUGAACAUCUUUUUUUAUUUGAACUUUGUACAUAUAGGGUUAAGGCUGCAAAACUAGUAGUGCCACAUUUUAGAACAUAAAUCUAGAGAUAGUUAAUUUGUACAAUCCUGCUAGUUGUAUACAGCAGCAGAUCACGACAAAAUAUAAACAACCUGAAA